AUGCGGAGCGGGAGUGGCGCCUCACGAGUAGAGAGCGGGCGGCGCGGCGCGCGCCGCACGCGCCAUCCUGCUCGCACCCGCGCGGCGCCGUGCGUGCGAGCGGGACGGCGCGACCCCGAGUCUAGCAUUAGCAACAGUAUAGGUAUGAGAGUGUUCGAGGAGUGUCGAGUUCGGAAGCUGCCUCCUGUGAUACUCGCGCGCGCCGCGCCCGCCGCC